AUGGCCUCGACGUCCGAAGUCGCUCUCAAGCUCGAGAUUGCACGCCUUACGGGAGCUAUCAAUCGCCAUAAAUCAAGUGAAGCAUCUUCCAAGCCAAAGUCGCAAUCUACAGCUCCUAUCCCUCGCCCUUGGAGCAACGCGUACACCCGCCAGUCCUCCAACAAGUAUGUCCGCCCUGGCUUAGUACCCAGCACAAGCUCCGUUCCCUCCAGGGUGACUCCUCCAGUACGUCCUCCCUCGGAGCCCUCUCAGACUCGCGAUGUCGUCAUCGAUGGGGUCGCCUUCGAAACUUCUGGUCGCUCUCUCGUUCGCAAAGGCCUCUCCAAGCCAGCCGCACCUCCGCCUCGUCCUCGACAUGUCCCGAUAAAGCCGCCCCCAUCCAAAGAAGAUUACAGUCGCACAAAGACGGGACACUUCAUCAAGAGCACUCACGUUUACAAAGCAAAACCCCCAUCUCGCACUCGCAACAGGAACAUGACGCUUAACAAUACCCGCAGGCCUUAUCAGGCCCGCCGCGUGUCCGCUAAGAAAUUCGUCGAUAAGCCGUGCGCGCGCUUUACAACGACAGGGUCAUGCAACCGCGGCCUCACCUGCCCCUAUCAACACGACCCCAGCAAGAUCGCCAUCUGCUGGCCCUUCCUGCAAGGCAGCUGCCCCCACGGUGCGGACGCGUGCGCGCUCUCGCACGACCCAACGCCGCAACGCACGCCGCUGUGCGUCCACUUCGCCAACAACGGGCGCUGCACUCGCGACAGCUGCCCGUUCCCGCACGUGCGCGUCGGCCUGCGACAGGGCGUGUGCCGCGACUUCGCCGUGCUGGGCUAUUGCGACAAGGGCCUCGAGUGCGACCGCCAGCAUAUCCGCGAGUGUCCCGACUUUGCUGAGCGCGGGACGUGCGAGACCAAGGGGUGCAAGCUUCCGCAUGUUAUCCGUGCCAACCGCAACCGCCAGGUUGGCAACGGCAAGAAGCCUGCCACUGACUCUACAGCGAUUCCUACACUUUCUGAAAGUGCUACUCCUUUGGUAUCCUCUCGGUCGUCAGCCUCCGCUGAGGAUGCGAAAAUAGGAGAUGAGUAUAUCUCUCUUACUUUUAAUGAAAGCGAGAGCGAUGAGGAGAGUGAUGAGGAAGAUGAUGAGGAAGAAGACGACGACGGAGAGGAGGAAGAGGGCGAAGACCCCACAGAAGCAGGCGCAGAAAAUCUUAUUGUUUAUUGA